AAAAUGUUUCCAUCUCAGAUCAUCUUAUAUAAUUCAAUAUUUGCAUGUAAUCGUUGUACUGAUUUGAAGAAGUGCAAUGACAACCAUGAAAAAUCUACCACCCAGUGAUGGAGAUAUGAUCACCAUUCUUAGCAUUGACGGAGGAGGCGUCCGGGGAAUCAUCCCUGCAACUAUCCUUGAAUUUCUGGAGACACAGCUUCAAAAAUUGGAUGGUCGAGAUGCUAGAUUAGCUGAUUAUUUCGAUGUCAUGGCGGGGACAAGCACAGGAGGGCUUGUUACCGCAAUGUUAACAGCUCCAAGCAAGGAAAAAAAACCAUUGUAUGCGGCCAAGGACGUUACACGGUUCUAUUUGGAACAUUGCCCUUCAAUUUUCCCAUACAGAAAGGGCCCUUCAGGAUGGUUGCAAUCAAUUUACACUUUACUGAGAGGACCCAAAUACAGUGGAGAUUAUCUGCACAAUCUUGUUCAAGAAAUAUUGCGUGGCAUUCGAUUGAACGAACUACUAACUCAGAGUAGUUCAAGUGGGAGGGUGCCAAUAUUAGAGACUUUUAUGCAAUCAAGUUCUGAUAUGGUGGACAUUCAUGCUUCUGUGGUCUUCCAAGCCUUUGAAUCUGAACAGAACUAUCUCAGAGUUCAGGAAAGCGAAUUGACGGGAGAGGCAGCCUCUGUUGAUAUCUCUACUGAGCAAAACCUUAAGAAGCUUGAAGAUAUAGGCCUACAACUUCUGCAUAAGCCUGUUUCCAGAGUUGAUUUAGAGACGGGAUUAUUUAAGCCAGUUAGUAAUGAGGGUACCAACAGCGAUGCCUUGAUCAGGUUUGCAAAGAAACUCUCAGACGAAAGAAAGUUACGAAUGGAUACAGCUCGUAAUCGUGUGGCAAAUCUCUAGUCAAAUUUCAUUUGGCAUAGGUUGUUUUUCGUUUAAAGAGUAUAUGUAGCGCAUGAAACGAGCCAAUAAUGGACUGAAGGCCUUUCGACUUGUUUUUCUUGGAAAUAUAUGUACUGAAAAAUAUCAAGAAAUUGGAAUUUCAUUCUA